GCCUAGGCAGGAGCAGGAGGGGUUUCGGAGUGAACUGCAUGCAGGAAAUAUCUCACAUCCUGAGUUUUCAGGACUCUUUUCGCUCCGCUCUGCAACUGUGCAUUCAUGGGGCUGGGACCAGCUGAUCCAAGUUUGUCUUGCAGCCUGGAUUAAGAAUGUCAGAGCGCUUCCAGGCAGAACGACCACGCAGCCCUCCUUUCCCUCGCCCCCCGACCCAGAUACUCUGCCUGCUGCUCAGCCUCUUCGUUACACCGCCACCCGGGGCCCGAGGAGAAACUGCUGAAAGUAAACUGGAAUUCCCUAGGCAAUGGAUUCGAAGAGAACAAGUAGAACACUUUGGCAUAACCAUCCCUUAUCUUUUGAGUGGUAAACCAUGGAAACCAAUAAAAAAUAUUUUUGAACAGACUCACCCAGCAAUGCUGAAAUUUCUUAUACAAGCUGAAAGUGAACAACUUGUCAUCAGUCUGGAGAGAAAUGAUGGUCUCUUUGCUGGCAACAUCACAGAAAUGCAUUAUUUGGAAGAUGGUACUAGCACUAUUAUCACGCGUAAUUACACGAAUCAUUGCUUCUAUCAUGGCCAUGUACAAGAAUAUGCUGAAUCUGCAGUAAUUUUGAGUACAUGCUCUGGACUCAGGGGUAUUAUUUUUUUUGAAGAUAGAGCCUACAUUUUGGAGCCACUGGAAGGUGCUGUGAGUGAACAUAUAAUCUAUAGACUAAAACACCCAAACCUAAUCCUGGGUACAUGUGGCCAUCAUCUCAAUCUUACAGGCCUCACUUUGCGGGAUACUGCACAGUUUAUUGCACAGACAUUUACUAGCAGACACAAAAGAGAAACUCUAAAAUCCACCAAGUAUGUGGAGCUCGUUAUUGUGGCUGAUAAUCGUGAGUUUCAGAGACAAGGCAAGGAUGUGGAAAAAGUGAAACUGAGACUGAUAGAAAUUGCAAACUACGUUGAUAGAUUCUACAGGCCAUUAAAUAUUAGAAUAGCCUUGGUUGGAAUAGAAGUCUGGAAUGAUGUGGAUAAGUGUACAGUAACUCAAGAUCCUUUUACCACUCUUCACGAGUUUCUGGAUUGGCGAAAGAUGAAACUACUACCUCGUAAACCACAUGAUAAUGCACAACUAGUCAGUGGAAUCUAUUUCCAAGGUACCACCAUUGGCAUGGCACCUAUAAUGAGCAUGUGCACCAAAGAGCAAUCUGGAGGUAUUGUUAUGGAUCAUGCAGAUAAUCCAUUGGGGGCAGCAGUAACUCUGGCUCAUGAACUGGGCCACAAUUUUGGUAUGAACCAUGAUACACUGGAAAGAGGUUGCAACUGCAAAACAACUGCAGACAAAGGGGGCUGCAUUAUGAACCCUUCAACUGCCUAUCCGUUUCCUAUGAUGUUCAGCAGCUGCAGCAAGAAGGACUUGGAAAACAGCUUGGAAAAAGGCGUGGGGAUGUGUCUCUUCAACCUUCCAGAGGUUAAGGAAUCAUUUGGUGGCCCCAAAUGUGGGAACGGCUAUGUAGAAGAGGGAGAAGAAUGUGAUUGUGGUGAACCUGAGGAAUGUACAAACCAAUGCUGUAAUGCCACAACCUGUACUUUAAGGCCAGGAGCAGUGUGUGCACAUGGACUUUGCUGUGAAGAUUGCAAGCUGAGGCCAGCAGGGAUUUUAUGCAGGGCUACCAGUAAUUCCUGUGAUCUCCCUGAAUUCUGUACUGGAAGCAAUCCUCAUUGCCCAGCCAAUGUUUACUUGCAUGAUGGGCACUCUUGCUACGGGGUAGAUGGGUACUGCUAUAACGGGAUGUGCCAAACUCAUGAACAACAGUGCAUCACCCUCUGGGGACCAGGCGCUAAACCUGCCCCUGAGAUAUGCUUCCAGAGAGUCAAUUCUGCAGGAGAUCCAUAUGGAAACUGUGGCAAGGAUUCCAAAAGUACUUUUGCCAAAUGUGAACCCAGAGAUUCAAAGUGUGGAAAAAUUCAAUGUCAAGGGGGAGCGAGUCGACCUGUAAUUGGCACCAAUGCUGUCUCAAUAGAAACAAACAUCCCUCUACAAGGAGGAGGCAAAAUUCUGUGCCGAGGAACACAUGUUUACUUGGGGGAUGAUAUGCCUGAUCCGGGCCUUGUCUUGGCUGGAACGAAAUGUGAAGAUGAAAAAAUCUGUCUUAAUCGCCGCUGCCAAAACACCAGUAUAUUUGGUGUUCAUGAAUGUGCGACAAAAUGUCACAGACGUGGGGUCUGCAACAAUAAAAAAAAUUGCCACUGUGAGGCUCAUUGGGGUCCUCCCUUUUGUGACAAGGCAGGAUUUGGCGGCAGUGUUGACAGUGGGCCAGUACGACAAUCUGGUGAGUAA